AACCGAUCACUGUGGAAGUCUUCUUUACAGGAUUUAUCGUUACGAGGUGUAGAAAUGACAAGUUGGUUGAUUUUUUUGUAAAAUGUUUUCAUUUAUGGGAAAGCGAUAGAGACUAUCUUCGAUGACAGAGGAUUAUCUUCACUGACAGUUACUGAGGUAGCGAUAAAAUCUGCACUGGUGAAAAGAAUGCAACACUGACACUCCCGUGACAAAUUCAUUUCCAUCAUCAGGAAACAAACAGACCACAAAGCGAUGUCACACCUUCCAAAACUUGAGCUUCAGACUGUUUUGAAUGACCAAGAAAAAGAAUUAACCAAGAUUGUGCACAAUACAGCAAUGGAUGCAGAUGCAGAAUGUCGAUGUAUUGAGGUCUCAUCUCUACCUGAGGGUGUAGGCAAAGAAGAGUUGGAGCGGUACUUCAGUAACAAGCAGCGAUUUAGUGGAGGGGAAAUCCAAUGUAUCACCAUGAACCCAACACAGCUCUCAGCGGUUAUCGAGUUCAAAGACCCGAGUGCUGUCAACACGGUGCUAAGAAAAACCUCCUUGCUCAUCCGUGGCAAGGUGAUCACCGUACAGAAGCACUCUGCAACUGAAGAGUGUGUUGUCAAGGUAACAGGGUUGCCUGAUGUUGAUAAGGAGCACAUCCAGUUGUAUUUUGAGAACUCCAAGCAUUCUGGAGGUGGAGAUAUAAAAGACAUACAGGUGAAAAAAAAUGGCAGCAUGCUGAUAACAUUCCUGCAGAAAGAAGAUGCAGAAGGAGUGUUAGCCAAAUCCGACCAUGAGAUCAUGAAAACAAAGAUCAAGGUGUCUAGAUGGCAGAAACCAGAACAAAGGACGCUGCAAGUGUCAGGAUUAGCCCCAUCAGUUAAUGCAGAAAUGUUGGAGCUGUUUUUUGAGAAUGAGAAAAAAUCAGGGGGAGAAAAUGUCACAAAAAUUCAGAUGAUGAAAGAGGGCAGCGCACUGGUGACAUUUCAAGAGGAAAAAGUCUGCCUGAGAGUUCUAAAGAGGAAUGAUUUGGUUUUGGGGGGAGCCCAGCUGUUUCUUUCCCUCUGGGAAGAAGAGGAUGAGGAAGGAUCCAGGGCAAUCAUUGUUAGUGGAUUUGACCCUAAUACUCCAGAUGAAAUGAUCAAGUUAUUGUUCGAAAACAAAAGGAAGUCCAGAGGUGGUGAAAUUGAAAUGUUGAAAUUCAUUAAAAAUGGAACUGCACAGAUUACUUUUAAGGAUGGGAAAGUUGCUGAGAGAGUACUUGCAUUUGGAAAUUCGGGAGGUAUAAAGAUAGGAGGUAAACCUUUAUUGAUAUCACCAUACACGGAAGAAGCCAAUAGCUCAUGCAAAACAGAGAGAAAACCAACAAAUUUGACAGACGGUGUUCUGGUUUCUGGGCUUACUGAAAAAGUUUCAAAGGAGACCAUACAGCUGUAUUUCGAAAACAAGCGCCGAUCUGGAGGUGGAGAGUUGUCAGAUGUUACCCAGGAAGAUGACUCAACCAUGCUUAUCAAGUUCUGUGACCCACAAGUGGUGAACUCUGUGCUGUCGAGGAAUGACCAUGAGGUAAAUGGUGUGAAGUUGAAAGUCACGGCUCAUCACGCCCCAUGUCCCAUCCCAAUGGACCCCUGUAAGGUAUUCAUACAGGGAGUGAAUAGUAACACAACUCGUGAGUGUCUCAUCAUGUACAUCGAGAGAUGUUGUGGACAGGAGCCUAACAGAAUUGUGCCAGGGCCAAAACCUGAUACCUACAUGCUGCUGUUCGGUGAAAGUGUCGACUUGGCCAAAUUCCAGCAGUCUUGUAAAGAACGACCUCUGGAACGGUGUUAUCUCUCUGUGGAGGGAGUACCCGUGAGUAACUCUAUCCGGGUAACCAAUCUGGAUCCAAAAAUUACCAAAGAUGCAUUGCACCUCUACUUUGAAAGCAAGAGGAGAAGCCAUGGGGGCCCAGUUCGGGAUGUGGAGAUGUUCGUGGAGAAAGGCUAUGCGUUGGUACACUUUAUAAACCAUGCAGAUUUGGAUGAAGUACUUCAACACAAUCAUGUAUUGGAAAAGCAAAAAUUGUCCUUGUGUGUUCACUAUGACUGUCUUGGGUUGGUGAGCUUGUAGGUCGAUGAAAGGGCUGGUAAAUAUAGGUAUACCCAUUCCAAUGGACACCCAUCUCUUAGAAUUAUUUUUAACUUCUGGACAAAACCAGCAAGAUGCAGAACAGGAAGUUGGACGCUAAUGUUGAGGUACAAGGAGGUUCAAAGGGGGCAAGAAAACCGACAACUGACCAGAAGAUGGAAGGAAACUGUGAGCCAUGCGAUUACUGAAUUUAUCAAAAAGUUCACUGUUUGCAGGAAACUUAUUCCUAGAUAGCUGAGGGUUUAACGUGAAAGAAGGGGGAUUUAACUGUUAUCCCCAUGUUGAUCAUGUUGAUGACAGGAGCACUGUUGUUGUUGUAGGAGAUCAACAGACAGUGGAAAAGUGUAACAACAAUUUAGAAAGCAUAAUCUUCACAAUCAGUCCUGACGGUUGGAGUGCAGUACAAACUAGCUAGCUGGUUAGGACUACGAAUACGCCCCCUGGCAUGGCUGGGAGCAGAUUUACUUGUGUGAUCGGUGUUUAGUGUUUUUGACUCUUGACAUAUUAUUCCCUGACCAAGGCAGUAGAAAAAAAGAGGAGAGUAAUCUGAAACCAGUGUCAUUCAUGGAGGAGCAACUCAUUUUGUUCAUGAGCGAACCAGAGCAUAUCAUGACAGGCGAGAAAAUGGUUAGAAUAUCUGACCAAUAAGGAAACUAAAAUUGUGAUUAAGCAAACUGCACUGAUUGAACUACAAGAAUCUAGCUGGAAUAUUUUAUCUGGAGAAUCGAAGGAACUACAAGCAAGAUGUGGAUGUACUUUUUAAUGAACUUGAAAAAAAAAAAUUCCAAUAAAGCCUUACUUUCAGCCUUUAAAGGAUAUUAUAUCUAUUUCAUGUGAGACUACAUGUAUAUAGUUGCUGGUCACACACGUAAUCUGUAUAUCUUUGAGUUACUUCCCUUGUGGUGAAUAUGUAUGCUAGAAUUUUCUUGCCUUGUUUUACCAUUACUUACUACACAGGCCAUAAAUAUACACUACACACACACGUUCAGUAUCUGUGUACAGUCUCACUAUAAAUGCCAGUGUGGACAAAGCCAUACCUUCAUGUUAAAUUAACUUUGAGUCUCUUGUUAUUCCCAGUCAAAGGAGUUAAUUAAACUAACGUGACUACUGUUGUCUUUAUAAAUGAUUUUACAUGAUGGAAUUAAAAUA